CACAAACCGUAGACCUCAGAGGACCGACUCAAUGGCUCCGAUGGCUCCAUUCCACUGAGUGGCUCACCAUGCGAGGAGAAGGUUCCUACAUCCUCCUCAAAGCUUUCCAGCAACUAUGCGCACCUGCUGGCAUGAGGGUCACCAACGGCUGGCAACCAUCCUUGCCCUGGGUCUUCAGAACUGCCUUCUGAGGAAUAUCAAGGACUUCGAGCAUGGUGGUGCCACCAUGUCUGGCCUGGCCAGCGAGAUCGACAUCCGGGCAGGGAAAGAAGUCCUUGGCUUUCCAGAGCACACCAGAGUCACCGAUGCUCAGCUUCAGGACGAGCGAUUUCUGGGCUGUGACGGUCUGGAGGAGUCCUUGAAGAUGGGCUGUGGCUAUGCGAAGCACGCGAUGUGGCUGGCCGAAAAGAAACUUCAAGUCUUGGGCAGUGAUGCGGAUGAUGCGAAAGGCUGGCUGCCCAGUUGGAUUCGGCAUCGACUGGUCGAAACUGGAGAUGCUGAGAAGGAUUACUGGGCAGCCUGGAUUCAUAGCCUCCCCAAAUACGAGGACUACCAGCAGCUCGGCCUACCUCUCACCGCGUCCCCGGCGGAGCUGGUGAAGCUACGAGGACUUCCGAAGUUCGGCAGCGUGCCUGCAUGGACCGAGGACUUGCAGGGAGCCUUGAGGAAGGAACUGGAUUUCUACAACGCACGCCGUGGAAAUCGGCCAGAGAUCACCUGGAAGGAUGCACUUUGGGGCUUGAUGGCAGCGUUCCCGCGGACCUUCGACUGUGGUGGCCAGGGACACAUGACCAUGGCGCCAGUUGGGGACAUGGUCAAUCACUCCUCCACGCCGAAUUUGGUCUACCACUGCGAGCGAGACAUGCUGAAAUUUACCACGCGCAGAGCUGUCAGGGCAGGCGAUGAGCUACUGGUGGCUUACCAUCCGCCCAAGGAUGGAAGUGCAAUGCUGCUCUCGCAGUAUGGCAUUCUGGACACGGAAUCCGACAAGGGCUCUUGGUCUGAGGACGACUGCCGUGUGCUGCACGAUGCGCAUUUGGAGCAGUCUGAGAGCACUUACCUCAAGAACGCUGCCAAGCUGAUUGACGCCAACUGUCCUGCGAUGAGGGCCAAAGCCGACGUCCUUCAAGCCAAUGUGCAGGUGCCCUGGAUCCCUCUGCAUGCGCCUCGCGAGUGGCGCCGAAGCCGGUGGCAAGGCUUCCUUUGAGGCGUGGACGCCGUGGAGGCCCCGACCUGCGCCCCACCGGAGAAACGGAGCACGUGAGCGCCUGCGCACGUUUCGCACGGGUG